AUGGAGAGUCUAAGCUGUCUCUCUAUGUUUUAUUCCAUCUGCAUUUACGUCGUAAUUGUAAUCCUAUCUAUAAUUCAAGCUGGAAAUAGUGCCUUAGCAAACGAAUAUAAUUGUUCAGUUAUUGGAGUUAAAGCAUUUUGUCAGAAUUUAGCACUUCGAUCUGUGCCUGAUUAUUUAAGUCAAGAGACUGAACAACUGUAUCUUCAAUUUAAUUCCAUCGAUAAUUUAAAGGAAGAUCAAUUUUCUAAAUUUAAGCGUUUAGAAUAUUUAGAUUUAUCCUUUAACAAAUUAAAAGGUUUUCCAAGAAAUGUAUUUAAAUUACCAUCUUUAAAGCAACUAUUACUGCAAGGAAAUCCUGUUAAUUGUUCAUGCUCACUAAAUUGGACAAAUGGUGAUGCAAAUCGACUUAGUUUAGCUGAUAAUGCAGUUUGUGCUGUGCCCUCGCAAUAUUCGCAUUUAAAAUUAAGGGAUUUGACUAAAGAAAAGAUCAAAUGCGAUGUAGCUCCAAGAAUUAAUACAAAUUGUAAAUCGCGACUAAAAGGCGAAGAAAAUACAUUAUUUAAUAUCAGUUGCUGUGCACAUGGAUAUCCAUCACCCAAUGUUGUUAUUUAUGACAACGAAGGCAGAGUUCUUAGUAAUCAGACUGAUCAGGUGGUAUGGAUUGGUUUAUUAACCUAUGAAAAUCGGAAUAAGCAAUAUACGUGUAUCGCUAAAAAUCACAUGGGUGAAAUAAGUCAAAAUUUUACUCUGGAAACAAUGUAUGGUCCAAAAUUUAUGAAUGACAAUUUCCUCAAUCAAGUAGUCCUAUAUCAAGGUCAUAAUAUCAGUUAUAGAAUCAACUGUCAAGCUCAGGCGAAUCCUAAUCAAGUCGUUUAUACCUGGAGUAUCGAGAAAAAUAACAUUAAUGAAGUAAUAAAUUAUCAACAAAGUAUUUAUGAGCUAAAUAAUAUUACAGCCGAUAAAUCUGGAAUUUAUUUCUGUAAAGUAUGCCAAGGAAUCAAAUGCCAAUUGCGAUAUACAAAUAUCACUAUCCACGAGCCAAGCGUUUCUAUCAGCUUCGAUGAGAAUACAGAAGGCAUUAAUUGUAGUACAACAUCUUGUGAUAUUUUACAAAAGUCCACCGUUAAAGCUACAUGCUUUAUCCAUUAUAAUCAAGUCAUCAUUUCUGAGCAAACGACGGGUGUCAAUUUCAAUUGGAUAUUACGCAAUGAAAAUAUUAAUUUUCAAGGAUGCAAUAAUACGUGCACUAAUUGCAAUUGUUCAAUGGCUAAUAAUCAUAAUCAAGCUGAAUUUUAUAUUAGCAAUAUUAAUAUAGAUCAGAAUGCUGUAAUGAGAUGUGAAGUAAAUUUUAAAAGUCCUCAUCUGCCUUCAUCCUUUGACAGCGUAGUCGAAUUGAAAGUUAUCCCUAUUUUAAUACCAUCACUGCAAGUAUUACCAAUCAAUAUCGAACGUGGUCAAAAAUCAGUUACAAUGACAUGUAAACCGUUAUAUUCUAUGGACAUAUACAAUUUCAACAAUUACAUACCUUUACCAAUUUCCAUAGCUUGGUUUACUGGUACUUCUCAGGAGCUACUUGAUGACGAUAAUAUUAACAUUAACACAGACUUGCAAGGAUUAGAGUCGAAUCUGAUUAUAAAGGAUAUAGAGCGGUUGGAAUUAGGGACUAACAGUGUUAAUGGUGUCGUCAAAAUUAAUAUUAAAUGUACGGGCACUAAUUCUGCUGGUGACAGUAAUGCUGAUAGCUUUAUUACAAUCCGAGAAUCUAACGUAACGUUUUGUCCUGGAGAUAUAUCUGAUGGAAUCCAAUGGAGUAUUACUCCAGCAGAAUAUACGGAUACUAAAGAUUGCGCUGUUGGAUUGACAGGUUACCUUUAUGUGGCUUAA